GGAACUUCUUUCAACUUUCAAGUACUUUGAUAGUCUUUUAUAAGUCAUAUGAAUAUUAAUCUUGUUAUUUCCUUCGACGUUUCUUUUUCUUAGGAAAACUACAUAGACCCUGUUCUAUUUGUAUCGAAUUAGUACCUAGUAUAUAUGACAGGAAGUACCAUUCGAUAAUCGGACCCAGCCGGUAGUAACCUUUUAUUGCCCCACGUCGCAACAAAUAUUAGCUUAGUUACCUUAGACAGAUACGACUUGGGGAAACAAUUACUUGCCAUUACCUGCAAUUAUACCUGCAAAUUACCUACCCUGAACAAUCAUCACCAAGCCAACAUUUCUAUCACCAAUCAUACGUCGCCCGAUCUAAACCCAUCGCCGCCUGCAUCGACUGACUGAUCAAUUUCGUUUUUGACUGGACUGGUCAGGCUUUCUAUUAUUCCCUUUCCUGACCUUUCUAUCCAUUCUGAAUUGACGAACUCAUCUUUUCUUAAUAUUCUAUUUCCGUCCGUUACCAUCGUCGUCUCCCACAGACCAACGUAAUCCCCGAAUUACUCAACAUAGCAUCAAUCAAUUGACGCCGAUCCCCGAAAAUGGCCGACUCAGCUGAGGGCAGCUCUGACCCUCAAAUCACCUUUAAGGUGAGAACCUCAGGCGAAACUCAGCAUACUAUUACCAUGGCCGAGACUGCCACCGUUUCCGAUCUAAAGAACAAGCUUGCGGGAGCCGAGUUCGAGAAUAUCCCCAUUGAACGACAGCGCCUGAUCUACUCCGGCCGUGUCAUGAAGAACGACGAUGCUUUAAGCACAUACAAGAUCAAGAACGGCAACACUGUUCAUCUAGUCAAGAGCGCUGCCAGCAACCCGACUCCUCCCGCCGCCUCGUCUACAUCCUCUUCUGCGCCUGCUGUGCCCCAGAUUCCCACUAAUAUGGCUGCUGGUACGGCUAACAACCCUUUGGCGGGUUUGACGGGCGCUAGAUAUGCUGGUCUAACGAACCUACCGUCCGCCGACAUGUUCGGUCCUGACGGAGGAAUGGUCGGUUCUAUCAUGGAUGAGGAUCAACUGGCCAACAUGCUUAGUAACCCACAUGUUGCGCAACAGAUGAACGAGAUGAUGAAUAACGACGCCUUCAUCGACAUGAUGAUCCAAUCGAAUCCCAUGCUACGAAACAACCCCAACGCCCGUGAGAUAGUACGAUCGCCGCUCUUCCGUCAUAUGAUGACCAGUCCCGAGGCUUUGCGUGGAGCCGCCAGAUUACAACGAGCUCUCGGCGGCCGCCAAGCCGCUCAGAAUGCUUUUCCCAUGCCUGGAGUCACUGACAAUACUCCCGGCGACGCCUCCGCGAACACCAGCACUACGGGAACUAACAACGGUGGUACUGGCCAAACCGCGGGCGCUCAACCUAACCCUUUCGAUCCGUCGUCUUGGGGCAAUAUUCAACUUCCUGGAGCUGGUGGUGCUGGCGCUGCCAACCCGUUUAGUGCUUUCUUUGGCCCGCUUGGAGCACCGCAGCCGGGUCAAGGAGCGGCUGGUACGGGCACGGCCCCGGCGACGGCAGGAAGUGCACCGGCCGAAGGUGGCAGCACGGACGCUAGUCAAGGUCAAGCGAACACCGCACAGAGCCCUUCGAGUCCGCCCCCGAACCCAUUCGCAGGUCUUUUCGGCGCAAAUGCCGGCUUCCCAGGACAACCCGCUCCCGCCGCGGGUGCUGGCGCAGGCGCAGGUGCCGGUGCUAACCCUUUCGGCAACAUGCCUAAUAUGUCGCCCGAGGUCCUCCAGCAAAUGAUGAACAUGCUAGGUAUGAAUUCGCCCAUGGGCUCCCCCACGCCGCCCGCCGACAACCGACCCCCGGAGGAGCGCUACGCAGAACAGCUACGACAGCUCAACGAGAUGGGAUUCUACGAUUUUGACAGAAACGUCGCGGCUCUACGACGAAGCGGUGGAAGCGUACAAGGUGCUAUUGAACAUCUUCUAAACUCGUAACGAAGAAAGCGGAGAUUAUGAUUAUUCCGUUACUAUUACUCACUUCCUCGUAUCAAUAAUGUAAAUGUUUGGCAGUACUCUUACAGGGUUCAGGUGGAUAUCAACUCUUAUGACCACUUCUAUUUUUUGUCUCAUCGUCUUCCCCUUGAUGGAGAGAAAAGGAUGAAGAGAAGGGUACUAAGGUAGUGCGUACUUGCUUAACGGGCCGGGCUGGUAGUGGAUGAAUGAAUUGCAAUACAAACAAACGACUUCAUGAAUAUCCGAUUCUUGUUUUUUUCAGGCGCUCGCGAAUAUGAGAUAAUGUUUUGAGCGUGCGCAUUGGGGGAUGCUUUAUGCAUUUUUGGUGCGUAGCGUCUUAUAAUAGCGGAGGGGUGAAUAAAUAGCGAUUAUUCGCCGUAGCCUGUGAUUCAGGUUUGUCCUGUUAGAUGAUUUGUUACAUGGUUUUCUAUUUGUAGGGCUGGUAAAGUGAGGCUUCAAAGCCUUAUAUCCAGGGGUAUAUUGUGAUGCUGACCAACAUCACCACCAUGGUGGAAUUUUGGUAGAUCUAAGCCUUGGUUGUAGAUUUUAGAAUUUCCCGUCACGUUCGGUUCCGCAUGUAAGUACCUAUUGUAACCGAUGUGGUCAGUUACUCCUAUCUCCGAGCUGUGGCUACAGUCUCGACACUGUGUGCUAGCUUCUUAAAUAUAAUUGUAUUGGUCCUCUUUUAA